AUGACCGCCUGGAUCCUCCUUCCUAUCUGCCUGUCAGCAUUCUCUAUCACUGGCAUAUGGACUGUGUAUGCCAUGGCCGUGAUGAACCGCCAUACCUGCUGCACCCUGGAUGAUGUCCCCCUCAUCAGCAAGUGCAGCACAAAUCCCCCAGAGAGCUGCCUCUUCAGCCUCAUUGGCAACAUGGGUGCUUUCAUGGUGGCCCUGAUCUGCCUUCUGCACUACGGGCAGCUCCUGGAGCAGAGCCGGCACUCCUGGGUUAACACCACGGCACUCAUCACGGGCUGCAGCAACGCCGCGGGCCUCGUGGUGGUCGGCAACUUUCAGAUGCCCUCCUGCCCACCCAACCUACCCUGGGAGGUGGCGGUGAUGUCCCAGCUGCAGCUCAUACUCUGGUCGAGCUGCCUGCUGGUGCUUAUCGCCUCA